AAUAACAUGUAUGAAAAGUCAAAAUACAAAAUAUAAUAUGGUCAUGAUUUCCAUGUUUUUUGAUUUUCAAUAAUUAGUAUCAAAAAUACAACUUUUAUGGUUCUGUGUUCAUUAUUAAUAUUUAAUAUGCAAUUAAGCUAAAAGUGCAAGUAAUGAAUAUAUUGUUAUAUUGUCCUUGAAUGAAGAAUAUUAUGAUAACAGUUGUCGAUACUAUUAUUUUCAUGAAUUUAUUAACUUUGGCUUAUUAUGAGUAACAUUAUAAUCUAAUAAUAAAAUGAACAGUAAGAUAUUAAAUACCCUUGCUAGCGCAAUAGAAAAUAAAGACGAGGAACUUAAAAAAAGGAAAGAAACUGCAAAGCAAUUCCUACAUGAGCUUCUAGGCUGCAUUGAAAACUGCCAAAAUCGUUUUGGAGGAAAGUCUGAACUUGCUACAGAAGACGAUAUAAGAAUACUACAUCUUUGUGAAAAAUGGGAAAAGGUUCUUAGCCACGGAUUGAAGACUAGUUUAUCAAAUUACACCAUUCAGAAUUUUGUGUCAGCUGGAUUAAAUUUUACAUUUAAUAUUGUGAAUGUUGGAAAUUCACUAUGGAGCUAUUGUUGUCUGCACUUAACGAAGCACGAAAAAGAGCGAUUUAAAAUUUUGUCCAACAUUAACACACCUCUGGGAUAUUUUAGAGCAUUUCUUAGAGCUUCUUUGAAUGAGCGUUCCUUGGACAGGUAUUUACAAAGCUGGAUUUCACACGGUCUUUUAGUAGAGUAUUAUGAUGAAGGAGCUAUUGUUAGAAGUCCUGAAGCUAAGCUCCUGCCUAAUACGGCUGCAGGCUUAUCAACUGUUUUGUUUGCGUUAUCAAUAGAUAGGGCGGAGUUGAAUGACUCUCAGCAUGCUAGCCAAACGAACAAGGCAGAAUUAGUUAUACCGCUUCCUACUCCGAUCAAAUCAGCUAACAAUUCCAAACGAAAACCCCUUAGACAAGUUAUAUCUUUUGACAAAACAGAACAUAAAAAUAGUACAAAGGGAGGAAAGCCUUUGGAACCCGUUGAUAGCGUAUCAGAAGCGUCAUGGAACAGCGCUCCAGCUACGUGCUUAAAUUCGCCAGACCCUAAAAUAACAUCGCCUAUUGCAUCCACAAGUGAGCCCACUAGUUCAGACUGUAGGACUGGUAUAAGGCAUUUCUUCCCCGACAGCGUCAAAUCUCUUGACAGCCCUUUCCAAAUACUGUCCAAAUUAUCUGAAAGCGCAAAAGAAAUAUUCACAAGCUCUUCCAGUAUUGAAAAGAAUAAUUUGCGAGACGAUGCGUCCGAUUUAAGUGUCAAUUGUUUGAAAAUAUAUGAGAGUGAUAGUGAAGAAGUAGCUGGUAGUAUAGAUGGUAGCACAUCUUGUUUAGAACUUUGCUUUACAGAAGAUGAAAGUGUGCCCGAUGAAAAGACACUAGAUUCGGUUUUAGAAUGUAGAGAAAAAGAAUUCAUUAAUUUGCAACAAAAGUUCAAUCAAAUUGAACAAACUAAUAAAGAUAAGAUUCAGAAAUUGGAAAAGGUUGUACUAGAUCUAAGCAAAGAAAAUGAUAGGCUGAAGGACCAGUUAAGAAAUUAUAUGUCUGCUGUGGAAAUGGGAAAGGCAUUGAAAUCAAGCAAUGGCCAUGACGAAGAGGUAACACAAUAUGAACGAAAACUUGUUCAGGUAGCUGAAAUGCACGCGGAAUUGAUGGAAUUUAAUCAACAUUUACAACGACGACUUCAAGAUUUAGAAAAUUCUGGUCUGGAAAUAUUAGAAUGUCCAGAAUCUAAUGUGAAAGUGUACAUUCCCAGUGCGUUCUUAGUCGGAAAGAAACCAAAUUCCUAUCAUGUUUAUCAGAUAUUCUUAAAGGUGGGACAGGAAGAAUGGAAUGUGUAUCAUAGAUACGCGAAGUUCUAUGAAAUGCAUACGCAACUCAAAAAGUGUCAUCCAGAUAUUGCUAAUUAUAAAUUCCCUCCCAAAAAAACGCUGAGAAAGAGAGACGCGAAGGUGGUAGAACAACGUCGCAUAUCGCUACAAGCGUACCUGCGACACGUGGUGCUCGUGUUACCGGAACUGCGGGAGUGCACGAGCCGCACUCAACUCGUCACUUUAUUGCCUUUUCUAGGUACAUCGUCAACAGUCAAGGAAAAUGGACUCCACAAUCCACUAGCUCGCCAACAUUCCAAUGACUCCGUGUCUACUUAUGAUCCACUAUGAUAUGUGUAUGGAGUAUUGACUUGACAAUACUUUUGACGGCUACGCAACGGCUAUGUUAGAUUUCUUAAAAAGAAUCCAAGUUGAUUAGCCAUAAAUAACGAUUAUAGAAUACCUAUUCAGAAUAGCAGAGGUUGGGCUGCUGAUGCAAUAUGAUAAACGAACGACUUUCUGAAUCAGACAUUGUGGUUUCAAUGUAGUUUUAUGCGUAUGUUGAGUAAUAACCACUUGUAAAAGUCUAUGUGAAAUGUAUUUUAGCUAAAAGUAUUUUAGAGUAACAUGUAGUACACAUUUUCAUACGGCAAUAACUAUCAUUAUAUUUGAUACUCUUAUAAGAAGCGUAGGAUUUCGCUCAGAAAUAUUCGCACGGAUCUGAAUACGCGACUUCACGUAGUAUAAGAAAAGAAACGGUAUGAUAAUAAUUAUUCGUUUUAUUAAAUAAUGCUGAAACAUGAUUUCUGCAUCAUUACUUCCACUUUUUUCCAAUGAAUGUUAUGUUUAAUUUAAUUUAAUUUGUAACAAUUUUGUUAUAUAGAUAAAUGUACAGUGCUUGAGAUAUUAGAACAAUUUCUAAUUUUAAUUUAAAAUCAAACCCAUUGUUUAUAGGUACUUAUUAUGAAAAAUGUACAAUUCAUGACAUAUUUGUAAUUUUUAACAUGUAUAUUAUAUUAAUUGAAAAGUAAUUCUAAACAGAUAAUUUUCUGUGAUGUAAUUUAAUUCCUGACACAAGUACCUAAAUAUGGUUUUAAAGAAGAUAUCUAUUUAUAUAAAAACUGUGAUAAAAUAAAACGUCAUUCAAUGAAAUUUCAUUGCUGUAAAGAAAUAUUUAUUUUAGCGUAAUCCUAGUCCUAAACCCGAAUGUAUUGUAUGCACGUUGUUAAUGAUUUUAUUAUUUUAACUAAUUAAUAUUUUUAAGCUUUUCAGGUUAAUUGUUGUUGUUAAAAGUUAAUCAGAGAAAAACCUUAAUCAGUACAAUUUAUUAUCAUCAUAUCACAUAUUAACUGGUACUAAACGAUAGCCUUAAAUUAGCUUUAGUAUCUUAUAAGUUAUCGUAAAAACAAAUAAACUGUAAUAAAUUAUUUUUCUUAAAUCAAAUUCCAAACUUAAAAUUUUAGACAUGUUAAUAUGAUGGCAAUAUAUUAUUUUAAAUGUUGUAAAAUGUAUUAACUACUGUAUUUCUACUAGUAGCCAAAAACUCUAAAUAAAUACAAAUAAAUA